AUGAGCAGUCCGUUAAGCAGUAACAUCAAAGGCCUGGACAAUAUGGAUAUCUACUGUGAGGACCAGAUCUCACUACUGAAGUACGGGUGCCUUGAAGUCAUAUUCUUGAGGUCUAUCAGGUGUUUUGAUUACACGGAUAAUGUGCUCAAAAUUCCAGUGCACGAAUGCCUUUUUGACAACAACUGCAAAGUCGAUGUAAUCACACGAAGGUUUUGCACAAAGUGUCGAUUAGAUAAGUGUCUGGCCAUCGGAAUGAGACGGGAGUGUAUAUUGAAUGAGGAGGAACUGCUGCUUAAAAGGCUCAGGUUUUUUUGCCCUCCUAUGGGCGCUACAAACAAGAACCUGGAUAAUAUGUUGGAGUUUUAUCAGUGUUUUACCACCAAAUUCGACACCGGUAUCCGAAUUCUGACUAAAGCCGCCAAAAGGUUGUCCGCUUUCAGGGACGUCUGCGAGACCGACCAGAUCUCGCUACUGAAGUCCGGGUGCUUUGGAGUCAUGUUUUUGAGGUCUAUCAUGUUUUUUGAUUACACGGAUAACUCGCUUAAACUGCCGAUGCUCAAAUGCCAUUUCGACAAUAACUGCAAAAUCAAUGAAAUCACGCGAAAGUUUUGCUCAAAGUGUCGAUUAGACAAAUGCCUGGCCAUUGGAAUGAGACGGGACUGGCUAUUAAAUGAAGAGGAACGGGAUAUGAAAAGACUUAGGAUAUUAGAAACCAAAAAGAAAAAGAGCAAUAGUUUUAAUAGUAAUACUAGCGCUGAAAGUCCCAAAUCAUUGAUAGACAGGUCACCGGAAACAUCGCAUGAAAAUCACAUCUCAAACCCCAUUAAUACCACAAAUAGUGAUAUAUUCUGUGAAAUACUCGAUGACAACAAUUUCAGUGCCGAUGCUCUCAACCGACAGAUUAUGGACAUAGAGAGCACUCUUAUCAAUGGUUUCAAUGAGAAAAAUAGUUUUGAAAACACCAACAAUUUGUUAAGUGAUGAACAAAUUAGUUGUUAUAAUAAUUGCAAUGAAAUUACUUCACAAACGGAUUAUGAAGUGUCAGACGAGACGAUCGAAAAGGCGGUCGAGUUUGCCGUUUCGGUGAUACCUAUAGCCAGACCUCAACGGGAAUUGAACACUGGUUUCAAUGAAAAGGAAAUUUAUUUAAUGAAUGAAUUGAUGAAAUGGUCUCAGUUUAUGUGCACUCCUCACAUAAGCUAUGUUAACAAGAAUCUGGAUAAUAUGUAUGAGUUUUAUCAGUAUUUUACUAGCAAACAGGUCAGAUCUAUCACAGACCUGACAAAAACAGUGAAAGGGUUGUCCGCAUUCAGGGAUAUUUGCUGUGAGGACCAGAUCUCACUACUGAAGUACGGGUGCUUUGAAGUCAUAUUCUUGAGGACUAUCGUGUAUUUUGAUUACACGGAUAAUACGCUCAAACUUCCUUUGAGAGGCUCAGAGGAAGAAUACGAUGGAAGACACGCCAAAGACAUUGAUUCCGCCACUUUUGGAAGAGGUCUUUGA